AGUAGUCGAACAUUAUGCUCUGACAUCUUGCUUCUUUUCCAGUUCUUAAUUUUUAUGACAGUUAUAAAAUACAGUGCAUAUCAUGCUCAUAAUCUUUUUAUUUUUAUUUGCUGGAAGAGCCUUUGUUAGAAAGGUGUUGUCAGUCAGAGAAGUAGGGGCCUGUCUGCAAAACCUUAUAGGUUGAGGUUCAAUUGCUAAAUUAAUGUCUGGAUAACCUGGAUAAAAAUCUGUCUUCAAAAUGUUGCACUGUAGGAUGAUCACUCACUUACCUUAUCAGUGGUCAUAAUAUUAUGACUAAUCAGGGCAUACAGUACACUAGGGCAUGGUAUUGACUCUGCUGUAUUUACUAUUUUCUUUUUUUCUCCAAAUCUUUUGGUUGUUGUGAUAUUUGCUGACUUGUUUGUGCCAAAUCAUUUAGAUAUUAGGUUAAAGUCCCAUAAUGAUGUUAAUUAAAAUCACUUCAAUUCUAAGUAUUCUCUCAAUUUUCUGUCCUCAGAUUAUUUUUCACCAAGUGCAGUGGCUGUCUGGAGAAAAUCGCUCCAACAGAGUUUGUAAUGCGAGCUGUGCAGAGUGUUUACCACCUCAGCUGCUUCUGCUGCAGUGUCUGUGAGCGCCGGCUGAGCAAAGGAGAUGAGUUUGUGCUGAAGGCUGGUCAACAGCUGCUGUGUAAGGCAGACUAUGUGAAAGAAAGAGACCUGCUGAGGACCAUGAGCCCAGACAGUUCAGAUUCAGAAAAGAGUGAGGAAGAGACUUCAGAUGUAAAGUCAGAAAAAUUCAUCACAGCAGAGAAAAGGAAUGAUGACAGCAAAGAUCCUCGGCGUCCUAAACGGCCGCGCACCAUUCUCACCACGCAGCAGAGACGUGCCUUUAAGGCUUCGUUUGAGGUUUCCUCCAAGCCCUGCAGAAAGGUCAGAGAAACCCUGGCAGCAGAGACCGGGCUAAGUGUUCGUGUGGUUCAGGUGUGGUUCCAAAACCAAAGGGCAAAGAUGAAGAAGUUAGCACGCAGACAGCAUCUACAGCAGGAGCAACACAGCAGUCAAAGACUGGGCCUAGAAGUAAUAUCUGGCUGUAUGGAUGGUCUGCUCAGCAACUUCUCAGGGUCUCUGCCUCCAACCCUGCCCCAGCUGGUGACUAUAGAGCAUUGUGGGUACAACAUAGACUGCCUCCAGCAGGGCCUCACGCCACCUCAAAUGCCUGGUGAUCACAUGAAUCCCUACGGUAUGGAUUCCAUUUUCCAUGACAAUGAGAGUUACACCUCUAUGACAAGUGUAAGUGAGUCCUUUGUUGCCUUUCCAGGUGGAGGCUUCCAACAGGCACAAACAGGAAACCCAAUAGACAGCCUUUACUCCAUGCACAGCUCCUACUUUGCUUCCUGAGACCUGGCCAUCAUUAUCUCAUGCUGCUGAAUAAAUAUCUUCCAAACUAUUCACAAAUAGACAGAGUUAAAGAUAAAAUUGACUGAUUGUGUUUGAUUUGGGGAAUUUAAUGCAGCAAAAAAAAAAAAAC